CGCAUGUGGCAUUUUGCCAUUUCUGUUUUCCUGAUUGAGUUGUAUGGGCGUAACCUGCUGUUAACUGGCAUCUUUGGAUUGGUGGUGGCUGGUUCGGUGCUCUUACUAGGGGCUUUGAUUGGAGAUUGGGUUGACCGCAAUCCAAGAAACAAGGUGGCCCACGCGUCUCUGUUCAUUCAGAAUAUCUCUGUGACCAUUUGCAGCAUUGUUCUCAUGUUGGUGUUCUCUUACAAAAAGUGGAUUGAAGAAAUUUGGGAUGGAUGGUUAACUGUGGUUUGUUAUACGGUGGUGAUCAUCCUGGCAGAUGUUGCAAACCUCGCCAGCACAGCUCUCACCAUUACCAUCCAAAGGGACUGGAUUGUGGUAAUCACAGGCUAUAACCGCGGCCACCUCGCAGGAAUGAAUGCGACUAUGAGGCGGAUUGAUCAGGUGACCAACAUCCUGGCACCACUGGCAGUGGGUCAGGUAAUGACUCUGGCCUCUAAUGUGGUUGGCUGUGGCUUCAUCUUGGGAUGGAAUCUGGUGUCCCUCAUUGUAGAGUUCAUCUUCCUCUCCAGAGUCUACCGCAUCGUGCCGGAGCUGUCAGUCAAACCGCCGGUAUUGGAACAUCAAGUCUGUGUAGAGAAGAAAAGAGAAAGAAAAUGCAUGCAAGGCAGGAGCUCAAUGUGUCCAACUUCAGCAGUCUAUGAGGGGAACAGUGGCAGCCUGCAUCUAUCCCGAAUACCGAAAUGUUUCCACCACCUUUGUGGCCUCCUCAGUACCUGCCGAGAGGGAUGGAGGGCAUAUUACAGACAGCCAGUUUUCCUAGCCGGUCUGGGUCUGGCCUUCCUGUACACGACCGUGCUGGGCUUUGACUGCAUCACCACCGGCUACGCUUACACCCAGGGAAUUAGCGGAUCGCUUCUCAGCAUCCUAAUGGGAGUGUCAGCCGUGGCGGGGCUUCUGGGUACUCUCCUUUUCACCAAGCUGCGGAAAGCAUGUGGCCUAAUCAACACUGGGCUCAUUUCCAGCGGUCUGCAUCUAGGUUGCCUUAUGCUUUGUGUGUGCUCUGUGUUUGCCCCCGGCAGCCCCGUGGACCUCAGUUUUUUAAACGUGGGAAAUGCGUCCGAUCUGGGAGGAAUGGCCGGAGGUCACCAGAGGCACGGAUACCCGCUGCGUGGAGGCAACAACCAGCCUCUGCUGUCGGACCGAUCGUCCAUUCACUGGACCAAUAGCACUGUGCUGUUUGAGAAUGCACCAUCAGGGACCGAACCUGAGUCUUAUGUUUCCAUCAUCUUGUUGUUUCUUGGAGUCAUUACGGCACGUGUUGGUCUUUGGUCUUUCGACCUAACGGUGACUCAACUCUUACAGGAAACAAUAAGUGAAUCAGAGCGUGGGGUUGUUAAUGGAGUCCAGAGCUCAAUGAACUACCUGAUGGAUCUCUUGCAUUUCCUCAUGGUCAUAUCUGCCCCUCAGCCACAACACUUUGGCAUUCUUGUCAUCGUCUCUGUUCUGUUCAUUUUCACGGGACACACCAUGUACUUCCUGUAUGCCAGGAAAGCCAAGAGGAAACAACGCACACAUACAUAAGCAAC